AUGAAGAGAACAUGCGAUUCCUCGGCCUCAAUGGCAAAAAGACCCGCUCUCGCGCCAAUGCAGAACCAGCUUGCCACACCUCCAACGUCGCCAGAAAAAAACUCCGUCGUUGAUCUCUCCAAUCAGAUCAAAGGUCACAGAAGAACGCUCCACUUUACCGGCGACUCCAUCUACUCCAAAGCAAAGGCGUUGUUCCAAAGAGGCGCUUAUAACGACGUCAGCGAGAACUUGGUCGGUCGCGAGUCGGAGGCGCUGCUGCUUCGCACCUUCUUGGAGUCCUCGAUUGCUGAGAACAAGUGCAACAGCUUGUACAUCUCCGGCCCGCCAGGAACGGGAAAGACCGCGCAGACGAACUUGACACUCGACUGGAUCUGCUCGGCUCCAGCUGCAAACGGCGUCUACACCAUUGGCGGCCGCACGACGAAGGUAAUCCGGGUCAACUGUAUGACUGUCUCCAAACCGGAAAACAUCUUCCAUGAGCUCUAUCUCUCCAUCACCUCGCAGACCGGCAUCAAGAAGAAGCUGUUCGACGACUUGUAUGCGCUUCUCUGCUCCAAGACCGACGCAGACUCCAUCGUGGUGGUGUUGGACGAGAUGGACUACCUCAUCACCAAAGACCAACAGGUUCUCUUCCAGCUCUUUCACUGCGCGUCGCAGAUGAAGAGCUCGGUGUUCCAAACAAAACUCGUCAUUGUAGGCAUCUCCAACGCCUUGGAUCUCACAGACAAGUUCCUCCCACGUCUUCGCAGCAAUGGGUUCAACCCGGACACUUUGCAGUUCUUGCCCUACACAAGCGAGCAGAUCAAGCGCGUGGUGACGGCCAAGCUCGACUCGUUGGUGGAGACAAACAAGGAGAACGCCGGCGUUUCUGGAAAACCCGUCUCCUUGAUGCAUCCGUCCGCGGUGCAGAUGUGCUGUAGAAAGUGUGCCUCGGUCACUGGUGACCUCAGAAAGGCCUUCGACAUCUGCUACAAAAGCAUCGAGCUCGUGGAGCAGCAGGCGCGCAAGCAGGAGAACUUCGCGGACUUGACCAUGGAGACUGCGCCAAAGGUGCUUCUUUCGCACGUCGCCCGUGUGUGCUCGCUGUCUUUUGGAGACACUUCCCAGCAGAAGAUCGCUGCAUUGAACCUUUUACAAAAGGCCGUUCUCUGUUGUCUUUUUGACAACGAGAAAAACCACAACAAAACGUCCAUGGAGCCCAUCACCGUCAACGAGCUCUACGAGUUCUACUGUAAAGUGAGCGUCGAGGCCACCGAGAAUCUCUUGGGCAGACUCAGAAAGGGAGAGUUCCUCGAGAUUGUGAGCGGGCUCGACUCGUCGUCUGCAAUCAUUCUCUCGACCGGGAAGGGGUUCAGCAACGUCGACAUCGGAAAAAAGAUUGUUCGUCCGAACGUCCCCUACGCUGAGGUGAUGAAGGUGACGGAAAACCAGCCCGUUUUGAAACGGAUUUUGCAUGCCAGUGUCUAG